AUGGACGUCCUUCACGCCGCCGAGAACCCUCAGAGGGAAAAUGUGGAGGGGAUUGCGGAGUUCAUGCUGCGCCGCUUGCCCAUGACUGAGUGCUUUCUCCUUAUCUUGGCGUACCUUGUGGAGGAACUUUUGGAGUUUGCGCGUAGGCGUUACCCACCACAGGGGAGCCUGCAGGCCUUUUCUCCAGCCCCUCACGUUGGGUUUGACAGCGAUGAGAAAGCGGCAGAUCCUCCACUCAAACGCAUGCGGCCUGACGAGCGUGCUACGGCGGCAGCAGGAAGCGAUGAGGCUCUCAUAGAAGGGGGAUCUCGAGACAACAUCGGUGGGAGUCUCGAGAGCGCGGAGGUGAGAGAGAAAUAUCAGGAGGCUAACUUUUUCCUGGAAGCGGCCGGGACCGUACUUUUUAUUACAGCCAUGUUGUUUGCACGACAUCGUGAUCGUGAGGCGCGGUUUCCAGAUCUUUGUGCUGUCGUGCACCCCAGCAACACCCCACAAGCGUCGGCGGCUGAGCAACAGGAAGGCUUGCUCUGCCAGCGCGCGUUCGAUUAUUAUGUGCUUCGCAUGGUACAGGCCUUUGCGCGUGCUUCAGAGGCGAUGCGCCGUGAUGCUAAGCAUAGCUUCCCCGUCUUUGGGUAUGUUGCCGAUACGCUUCAGGUGUGGCUGGUGGAUCGCUGUUUUCCUAGCGAGGACGCCAGAAAAAAAGCCGAGUCUAUACUUGGAAGGAUGUCGGCUAUUUCAGAGGGCAGCGUUGAUAAGGCGAGCAGCCAUGUCUGA